AUGAAAACUUUGAUUUUAAUUGUUGCCUUCUUGCCGUUUCUGGUGUCGAAAAAAGCGUCGCCACUUCAACAAUAUAUUUCGAAAUUUAAUCCCGAGACCAAAAUCGAAGGAGAUCAUAUAAUAAGAGUUUAUCCAAAAUUCACAAUUGAGGUCACAUUAUCGUUCGGGCUUGAGGAUGAGCAAAUCCGAUUCAUCGAAUCAGUGAUUGAAUCCAAUUAUUCAGGAGAGUUUCGGAAUACCGACGAGAUCAGCAACAUCGUGGAGAUCGUGCAAUCAUAUUUAGGCGGUCUUUGGGGCAUUCAUGUUCACGAGGAUCCUUAUCUUUUCUACACAACAUCAGUGAGAAGGAGUUCAAUGUUUGUCAUUUUCGAUGUGAAUGGUCAAGGAUUUGCAAUAUUCAAAGAAGCAUAA